AUGAGAAAAAAUACCUCAAAAAAGUUCCACGCUUCAAAACCAUCAGAUGGUAGUUAUGAUUUAUUGGAGAGACUCUCUCAAACUAAAGCUGAACUUGCAUCUAUUUUUGCAACUAAUAGCCAAACACCAAAGCCUGUAAUUAAAACUAAUAAAAGCAAGGAAAGAAAACUAACGAACGCUGCUAGCGAACCUAUAUUUCCUCCAAUCAGUAUCCAUAGAAAUCCUUUAAGUCUAUAUACAGAACGUGACAUGAAACAAAAAGAAAGGAAAAGAUGGAUUCCUGAGCAUAAAACUAAGCUAAGGCAAUGGGCAGUCCAUAAAAAUAUCACUUAUAGGCGCUUCAAUUGGGAAAGGGCAGAAAAAUAUUUGCUCCACCCCUUUAAACUGGAACAAAAAAUUUGUUCCAAUUAAAAGCUGUAUAUUUUUGAAUAUAAUUAUAUUAAAUAAAAAUACAUGAUAACCGUUAUCUUAUUUUUAUAUCAUGCCUUCCAUUUUCCUGAGCCUGGGAUGAAUAUUGGCCGCAAUUAUGGGCCUAAUACUGUCAAGCACUAUAUAUAAAGCGUAUACCAGCUAAUUCAUUGUAAUUCGGUUAUAAUUUUUUCCAAAUAAAAAUAGGAUUAUGGAUAUAAAAUGUUUAGCGUUAUUUAAAUAGCAUUCUUUAUAAACUCUAAAUUUAAAUAGAACAAGUUCUAACUCCUCUCUCCGUGAGCGAACAAAACCAUUAAAAAAAUCCCUAUUUUUUCCCAAAAGCCCCACGCGAAUGAACAAAAAUGUUUUAAUAUAGCUCAUGCCCCUUUAUAUCGAGCAAAAUGUCCUGGCCUCUUGAACGAGCAAAACAGACUUUCUUAAAGAGAUGAUCUCAAUCUCUAUAUCAGUAAGUGCUAAAAAGUGCCAUGCCAAAAAAUGGUGACAAGUGAGAAAAAAGCUGACAAGUAAACGCGCCAAUUUUUAAAAGGUCUUAUAAAUUAAUAAUAAUAAUAAUAAUGAUAAUAAUAAAUACAUAAAUAAUAAAUGAUAUAUAUAAAAUUUAUGACUAAAACUAGAUGCCAUUCUCAGCUUCUCCAUACUGGAAGCCAUCUUGUAUCAAGAAUAAGUCUAAAAAUUAUUGGAGAUUUUUAGAGAUGUCUCAACCGAAGCAAUAACUAGUGGAGACCUUUGAUGGGUUUAACGGGGGGAGUCGCACUUUUGAAUUUUUUUCUAUAGACUAUUUCAAGUCAGCUUUUCUAUACUGGACGCCAUCUUGAUGACAUCUUGUAUUAAGCAUAAAUCCAAAAAUUAUUGGAGACUUUGAGAGAUGUAUCACCUGAAGCAAGAAUUCUUGGAGACCUUUGAUGGGUUAAAGGGGGGAAUCGCACUUUUGAAUUUUGCUCUAUAACUAUUUCAUGUCAGUUUCUCAAUACUGGACGCCAUCUUGAAUCAAGCAUAAGUCUAAACAUUAUUGGAGAUUUUGAUAGAUGUUUCAACUGAAGCAAUAACUCUCUUGGAGACCUUUGAUGGGUUAAAGGGGGGAGCCGCACUUUUGAAUUUUUAUCUAUAAACUAUUCAUGUCAGUUUCUACAUACUGGACGACAUCUUGAUGACAUAUUGUAUCAAGUAUAAGUCCAAAAAAUUAUUGGAGAUUUUGAGAGAUGCCUCAACUGAAGCAAGAACUCUUGCAAACCUUUGAUGGGUUAAAGGGGGGAGUCGCACUUUUGAGUUUUUCUUUAGGCAUUACUCAUAUCAGUUUCUCCAUACUGGACGACGCCAUCUUGAAUCAAGAAUAAGUCUAAAAAUUAUUGGAGAUUUUUAGAGAUGUCUCAACCGAAGCAAUAACUAGUGGAGACCUUUAAUGGGCUAAAGGGGGGAGUCGCACUUUUGAAUUUUUCUCUAGGUAAUAUUCAUGUCAGCUUUUCUAUACUGAACGCCAUCUUGAUGACGCCUUAUAUCAAGCAUAAGUCCAAAAAUUAUUGGAGAUUUUGAAAGAUGUCUCAACUGAAGCAAGAACUCUUGGAGCCCUUUGAUGGAUUUAUGGGGGGAGUUGCACUUUUGAAUUUUUCUCUAUAAACUUUUUCAAGUCAGUUCACAAUACUGGUUGCCAUCUUGAAUCAAGCAUAAUUCCAAAAAUUAUUGGAGAUUUUGAAGGAUAUCUCAACUGAAGUAAUAACUCUUGGAGACCUUUGAUGGGUUAAUGGGGGAGUCGCACUUUUGAAUUUUUUAUCUAUAGGCUAUUUCAAGUCAGUUCCACAAUACUAGAUGCCAUCUUGAUGACAUCUUGCAUCGAGAAUAAGUCCAAAAAUUAUUAGAGAUUUUUAGAGAUGUCUCAACUGAAGAAAUAAUUCUUGGAGACCUUUGAUGAGCUAACGGGAGGGAGUCGCACUUUUGAAAUUUUUUUAGGCAUUACUCAUAUCAAUUUCUCCAUACUUGGCGACGCCAUCAUGAUGACAUCUUGCAUCGAGCAUAAGUCCAAAAAUUAUUGGAGAUUUUGAGAGAUUUAUCAACUGAAGCAAGAACUCUUAGAGACCUUUUAUGGGUUUAAAGGGGGGGAGUAGCACUUUUGAGUUUUUUUCGAGGUAUGAAAGUCGUAAUUAUUUAUGAUUUAAUCAUUUGUCUCCAAGAUGUCUAAAAAUGAAAUGCUAAAUUUGGUGUUUGAUUAGGUUUAUAUCAGAAACCUGAUUGAUUGGGUGCUCUCAGUCUAAAUUGAGUAUCUUGAAUUUUAAAUUAAUUUAAUAAUAAAGCCAUUUUUAAAAUCGGCGCGUUUACUUGUCAACUUUUUUCACGCUUGCUACAAUUUUUUUGGCAUGGCACUUUUUAGCACUUACUGAUAUAGAGAUUGAGCUCAUCUCUUUGAGACAGUCUGUUUUGCUCGUUCAAGAGGCCAGGACAUUUUGCUCGAUAUAAAAAUCUAUAUAGGUAUGAGCUAUAGAAAAUUUUUUAUGGAAAAAAACUUUGAUAUAUAAGUGAUAAAUAAUAUAAUAAAGUCUCUAUCUAAUUAUGCUUAAUUUUAAACAAUUUGCGUUUUAAAAACAUAAAUCUACAAAUUAAAUAAAUAUUUGCUUUCCAGUUAACGAAGUGGGAUUUUUUUAAAUAUUUUUUUAUAUAUAAAUUUUAAAAAAAAAAUUAACCUUCUCCAUAAAUUUUUUUGUUCGCUCCGGAGCGGUAGAGUAAUUAAAUUUUAAUUUUUUGGCUUUAGCUGGGUAUCAAAGCUAUACAUAUCAAAAUUAUUUGUUUUUACUUAUAAAAAAAUAAUUUUUUAGGUUUUUUUUACACUUAAUUGAAAUUUUACCAAUAUUUUGUUCCAAUUUAAAGGUUGAGAUUUAGAAAAUAAAUAUUCAUUGGAAUUUUUAACACCUCAUUAA